AUGAUGAACGGAAAGAGUAACGGCGUUUACGUCGCGUCUGCGGGUGCUGCAGAGCAGGCUCGGUCUCGCGGUGCGGCUUUUCUUGACUCGACUCAGAUGUCGGCUUUUCCGGAGCUCCUGCCUGCGGCAGCCGCGGAAGCUGACGUGGCCUUCCCGUCGGGUCCCUCUGGUGUGGUGAGUCCUGUGUGGGAGUCGAACUCGGGACUUCUAGCAGGCUCUUUACUAGGAGGGUCCUUAGCAGGCGCUUUGGCCGACUCGCCGGUUUUAUACGAGGAGCGGUUCGCUGAUCCGUUAUGGAAUCACGGACUGACGUACUCGAUUUAUCCGACAGAUUAUGUCGCGGCCAGCGGACUCUUCGCUACGGCGGCUCCAGCAGGCUCGGCGGAGGAUGCGGUGGAAGACUAUAACGGGGAUGCGGUGGACGUGCCGCGAAUCGACUCAUCGGCGCAUAUCAACAAUCUCAUAGCGCAGUACUCGCGAGCAGACGUUGUCGCAGCGGCUGACGCGGCGGAAGCGACGGCGGCGGCGACUCUCGUUUUUCCGUCUGACGACGCAUCCGCAUCUCGCGGGUUCUCGUUCUCCUUCCGUCAGCCGCGAUUCGACGGCCCGUCUGGUUCCGCCGGCGCUGGUGGCGCUGUCUGGCUGGAAAACUCGGCUGCGCGCUCCGACAAAUUCUUACUGUCGACGCCGUACGACCGCUUUAAUCGGCUUCCAGGAGUAGCGGAGGAGGUUGACGAGCCGCGGGAUUUAAAGCUUCAAGAAAGUGACACUUGGGAGGUGCUGCGGGCAGGCAAGCGUCUGCGGACGGGCAAGGAAGCGCAGCGGGCAGAUUCACGGGCAGACGAUGCAUCGCGGGCAGAGGUCGAGACUCCAGGAGUGAAGGAGACGAAGCGUGACGCGGAGAGGAUCGUAGCGGAAGAGAAGGACCAGGAACCUGCUGGUGCGACGAAAGGUGGCGGCGCAGAUGCAGAGACGAGCCUCGUGUCGGGAAGCCUUGCAGCGGGAUUGCUCGCGGGCUGGGCCCAUGCGACGGCUGUAGCUGAGUUGCCGGCUGCAGCAGACGCUGUAGCCGAGGUGCCGGCUGUAGCGCUGGAUGGCUCUGCGACGCCGUAUCAUACGCCACACAUAACGCCGUAUCACACGCCGGAGCGCCACGUGGGCGCUGACCUGGCGGGUCUCCAGGCGGCGCAGGGAGUGCCGGACGCGUGUGCUGCUGGAACAGAACUUCCUGCUGACGUGGCGCAUCCAGGGACGGGGGUUGCUGAGUUGGGUUUGCUGGAGGACACGUGGCAGGUUUCUUACAGCACGAAGCGCGCGAUGAGGGAGUGGCUUGAAACGGUAGGGGGAACGAGGGAAGCAGGGGAAGGGGAUGGGGAGGGGGAAGGUGUGGGGGACGAGGGGGAGGGGGAAGAUGGAACGGAUCCCUUUGAUUGGCUGCUGAAGGCAUCUCCUCCGCAUGCCCACGAGGGUGAUUUACCCAGCGAGGGUGUUUUACCCCGGGAUGGUGUUUCAACCCAAUGGGGUGUUUUACCCAAUUGGGUGCUGGAGGAGCUUGAGGGGGGCGGAGAAGAGGAGGGGAUGGAAAAGAAGGACGAACUUGAGGACUAUACGGAGGAGGCUUUUAGCGAGGAUGAGGGUUUGCAGGUGCUGGUGCGAGCGGAUUCCCACGAGAGCUCCACUGCUGCCCCAUCAGUGUACAGUCCGUGGUCCAGAGUGGUGGAGAGCGGUGUUAGAGCUGCAGAGGAGGGGGAGACGCAGGUAGUUAAGAAGCAGCAGGAGGAGGAUGAGGGGAAAGGGAAGCAAGGGGUGCAGCAGCAGGAUGUGCCAUCUGCAUGGAUGAACGGUUGUGAUUCGAUUGAUCUGGGCCUUGAUUUUGAUGAGAGCAGUUUUGGUCGAGAGAUUGAGGCUCAGCUGCUGGCGUGA